AUGACUUCAUUAACUGAUAGCGGUUAUCGAUAUACACGACUGAAUGACUUUCCUUCGUCUUCCACUGAAUUUUUUGCUGAUACUUUACAAAAACAACAAAUAAUACUGACUGAUCAAGACAAAGAUUUGGAAAAAGUUGGCGAUUCUGUGCAAAGAUUGAAAAAUAUGAGUAGUCAAAUUGGAACGGAACUCGAAGAACAAUCAAUAAUGUUAGAUGAUUUGAGUACGGAUAUGGAGAGGACGGGAGUGAAGCUCAAUGAAAUGAUGAAAAAAAUUGCUAAAGUUACCAACAUGAACGAUGAUAAGAGGCAAUGGAUGGCAAUUUUUGUUCUGUCCAUAUUAUUGUUCUUCAUUGUUCUUUUGUUUGUGCUGUUGUAA